AUGGGUGACUACACAGGCAGCACUGAAGUCGACUUCUCCAAACACCCCAACGCACAGAAGCUCCUCUCCCGCAUUCAAGACUUUCUCGAUGACGUCGAAAAUCUGACACCGGGUCACGAACUCGAAGCACACCUGAACAAGGCCUACGGCCCCGGAACCCCCAUAUACGAGGAUCUCUGUGCCUUAACCCGCAAAGGGCUAGAAGAAGGCUGGGUCGCAAACAUUGAGCUUGAUGGCGCCAAAUACCGCCGCUCCAAGAUCUCCCUUCCCAAACCCGAAACCCGCUACAUGAGCAUCACAACCGUAUACAUGAAGAGCUCCGACGAGUACAGCGGGCAGUACCACAGCCAUCCCUACGGCGAGAUAAAUUGCGUGGUGCAGGUGGACAAGAGCGCGGAGUUGAAGGGGAUGCAGGGCUGGCAGGGCGCAGGAUGGACGAGUCCCGGGCCGGGGACGCACCAGUGA